AUGGCUCAAUCAGUCCCAAGAACCCCGACACAGAGUGCAGCUCAGUACUCUCAGCAAGCCGAGAAGCUCUCUCUCGCUACUUCGAAUGAUGACCCAUCAGAAACGUCCAGCACGAGUACCGCUGUCGAAGCCAAGUUCAUCACGCCCCUAGAUCCAGUGAUAGUACUAGCAGAUGGGAACCGACUCCCUGCCGUGCCGCCUGCUGAAGCUGCCAAGCUGAAUAAGUUGAAGAAUGAUAUGGAAGGCUAUAAUCAUAGUAGAAGAAGGCUAAGCAGCCAAAGUACAGAAUCACGAAUUGGGGCAGAAGAUGCAGUGCCAGGUUGUACAGUCAAAUCAGAAUCUGAAUGGCUGGAUGAAUCGUCGCUCAACGAGCCCAGUGCUAGGUUGGCAGCCGCCGUGCCACCGAGCAGGACACAUCCUCUAUUCCCACCUCUUCCAUUAUAUGGCCCGCCAUCGAUGCUGCGGAAUUUGCAGUGCAAAGCUCUCCGCUUCUCUUCAUGUAUUCUGUCAUUAGCUUUCCUCGGUGUUAUCGUCCUCGGCUCCGCCUUCACAAGCAUACCGUUGAUGUUCCAGCACAUUGGCUUGCGCUUGACAUUCCGCAACCCCGAUGCACGACGGCCUUUCCACCAAGAAGAGGUACGACGAAAGAGUGCUAGGCGGCAGGCCGAAAGAGAAUGGACCCGACAACGCAAGCGGAGGCGUAGCCAAUCUGAGGAGGGCAGCAAGGAGCUUGGUCAAUUGCAAGACGAUUUUCAGCCCACCGAAGGAGGUCCUGACCGACUGAUGUGUGAUGUUGGAUAUUAUGCGCGCAGAGUUGGGCUGGACGUCGAGGAGUUCAAGGUGCAAACAGAGGACGGUUUCAUCAUUACUCUCUGGCAUGUUUUUAAUCCUACCGAGUACGUGCCAUGUAGCGCUGACGCUCGGGGGCACAAAUCGCCAAAUGUUUUCGUCGAUGAAGAGCGGAAAGCGCAUAGUUAUCAGAGAAAGCAAUACACUGAUGGCUCACGACGAUAUCCUGUCCUUCUGGUUCAUGGUCUGCUGCAAAGUGCCGGGGCAUACUGCACCAAUGACGACGACAGCCUGGCAUUCUACCUCUGCAAGGCUGGUUACGACGUAUGGCUCGGAAACAACCGUUGUGGUUUCGAACCUAAACAUACCACGCUCGAUUACUACGAUCCUAGAAUGUGGGCCUGGAACAUCCGCCAAAUGGGCGUCAUGGACCUCCCGGCUCUAAUAUCGCGAGUCCUUCUGGAGACAGACUUCGAAAAACUCGGCCUAAUAUGCCACUCCCAAGGCACAACACAAACCUUCGUCGCCCUAGCGAAAGAACAACGACCCGACCUCGGCAACAAGAUCAGCGUCUUCUGCGCCCUAGCACCCGCCGUGUACGCCGGCCCUCUGAUCGGCAAAAUGUAUUUCAAAUUUAUGCGCGUCAUUUCCCCAGCCAUGUUCCGCAUCUUCUUCGGCAUCCACGCCUUCAUCCCCUUCAUGAUGACGAUGCAUCGACUGCUACCGGGUACCCUCUAUGGCGCGAUGGGAUACCGCGUCUUCUCCUUCUUAUUCAACUGGACCGACGCCCGCUGGGAGCGAGACCUCCGAGAUCGCAUGUUCCAAUUUGCGCCUGUAUACGUCAGCGCUGAGAGCAUGCGCUGGUGGCUGGGCAGGGAAUGUUUUGCACGCCACAAAUGCAUCCUCGCUACCCGCGAAGAAGGGAAUGCAGAAGACGCGGAAGACGAAGAGGCUGAGCAACAACGAGAAGAGAUGGAAGAAGCUGCUGGACGCGGCGGCCAAGAAGAAAAAGAACGUAUGGCUUGGUACAACGACCAAGCGCCCCCAUUUGCGCUUUGGAUUGCGGGGUCGGAUGAUCUGGUUGACGGGAGGAGGCUUCUAAGGAGGUUCCAAAGGGGGAGAGAGCCGUAUGUGAGGUUGGUGCAUGCUAAGGUUAUUGAAGAGUAUGAGCAUUUGGAUGUUCUUUGGGCUAUGGACUCGAUUGAGAAGGUGGGAAGGGAGGUUAGGGAUGUUAUUUGGAAAACGGCAUCUGAGGAGGCGAGGAAGAUUUGUCGGAUUCCCAGGGGGUUUGAAGAGGAGGAAGGGAUGGAAUUGGUUAGUAGUUGA